CGCAUGCGUCAGACAGUCAGAGCGGCACACACGUGAACGAGGGCUCCAUCAAUCCUGCCCUGACAUUAGCAGACCCCAACCACCCAAACCACUGCCAGUCCUUCCAAGCGGUACUGCAGGUAUCUCAAAGAGUCCAGAGAGGAGCUUCAAGACCACUUUUCAGCCUUAACUCGGAGUCAACUGCUGAAGCUGCUGCACGUUUUUACAGUGACCCCUGUCUCUUCUUCAGUCAUGGCUGUAGUGAGGUUCUACAGUAAUGAAGCUCUGAACGGGCGAGCCCUACAGAGAGCAGCCAAGCUCUUCCCGCAUCUGUCAAUCAGAACUGAGCUAUGCUACAAUGUGGAGCUGACAGGCUGUGAGAGUCUUGGUGCUGAGCAGAAGGAGGUUCUUCUCUGGCUGUUUUGUCCUCCCCUGCAGGCAGAGCCUCUGUCUGAGAAACCAAACCUCACAGAGGGCAGCGGGGAGAAACUGGUGGAGAUUGGACCCAGGUUAAACUUCUCCACUGCCUGGUCCACUAACGCUGUGUCCAUCUGCCAGAGCGCCGGCCUCAGUGCCGUCACCCGAGUCGAGCUGUCUCGCAGGUUUCUCAUCAAGCCCAGAAGUGAAGAGAGCAAACUCAGUGGAGAUAUAAAGAAACUGAUAGAGUGUCUGCAUGACAGUAUGACGGAGUGUGUGUAUCACCAUCCCAUCACAUCUUUCGCCGUGGAAACCAAACCGCAGGCAGUAUUUGAGGUGGACAUUCUGGGAAAGGGUCGUGCCGCCUUGGAAACUGCAAACGAUGACCUGGGUCUGGCCUUUGACUCCUGGGAUCUGGACUACUACACAUCAAUGUUCCAGAGGCUUAAAAGGAACCCCACCAGCGUGGAGUGUUUUGAUCUGGCCCAGUCCAACAGCGAGCACAGCCGUCACUGGUUCUUCCGGGGGCGGAUGGUGAUCGACGGGCAGGAGCAGAAGGAGACUCUUUUCAGCCUCAUAAUGGGCACCCAGCAGCACAGCAACCAGAACAACGUCAUCAAGUUCUGCGACAACAGCAGUGGUAUCAAAGGCACAGCGGUCGAGUGCAUUUACCCAAAAGAGCCAUCCGAAGCGAGCCCGUAUGAGACGCGGCGCUUGUUACGGCAUGUCAUUUUCACUGCAGAGACGCACAACUUCCCUACUGGUGUUGCCCCGUUCAGCGGUGCCACCACUGGGACUGGAGGUCGAAUCAGAGACGUUCAGAGUGCUGGACGAGGAGGGUACGUCAUCGCUGGUACUGCAGGAUACUGCUUUGGAAACCUGCACAUACCAGGAUACAAGCUUCCCUGGGAGUCUGAAGGAGACAGAUGGGAGUAUCCCUCCAGCUUUGCCCCGCCACUGCAGGUUGCCAUCGAGGCCAGUGAUGGAGCCUCAGACUAUGGCAAUAAGUUUGGAGAACCUGUCUUGUCAGGUUUUGCACGCUCUUUUGGCAUGCGGUUGGCUAAUGGGGAGCGCCGAGAGUGGAUCAAGCCCAUAAUGUUUAGUGGUGGUCUGGGGUCUAUCGAGGACACAUAUGUGAAAAAAGAAGAGGCAGAGACUGGAAUGGAGGUGGUGAAGAUCGGAGGGCCGGUGUACCGGAUCGGUGUAGGAGGAGGAGCAGCCUCUUCUGUUGAAGUGCAAGGGGACAACUGCAGCGACAGGGAUCUGGGAGCAGUCCAGAGGGGAGACGCUGAGAUGGAGCAGAAGAUGAAUCGUGCACUCAGGGCUUGUCUGGAAAGAAGCAGUGGGAACCCAGUCUGCAGUAUUCAUGAUCAGGGGGCAGGAGGAAAUGGUAACGUGCUUAAGGAGCUCAGCGAACCAGCUGGGGCUGUGAUCUUUUCCAGUCGAUUCAAGAAAGGCGACCCUACACUGAGUGUGCUGGAGCUCUGGGGGGCAGAGUAUCAGGAGAGCAAUGCCCUUCUGCUGCGUCCCUCAGAUCGUGCCUUCCUGGAGAGGGUUUGUCAGAGAGAGAAAUGCCCUGUUGACUUUGUGGGAAACAUAACAGGAGACGGCAAGAUUGUGCUGGUAGAUGAUGACCGGGACAGUGGCGAUCAGGCAGACGGGUCACGCCAUCCUGUUGACCUGCAGCUGGACUGGGUUCUGGGGAAGAUGCCACAGAAGGAGUUUAAGAUGGAGCGACUAGCCCCAACCAAUCAGCCGCUGUCUCUUCCUGCUGGGCUGACGGUCAAAGACGCCCUGCGGCGAGUUUUACGUUUGCCUGCUGUGGCCUCUAAACGCUACCUGACCAACAAGGUGGACCGGUCUGUGACUGGGUUGGUUGCCCAGCAACAGUGUGUCGGUCCUCUUCACACCCCAUUGGCUGACGUGGCUGUUGUUGCUCUGUCACCGUUCAGCUUGGAAGGAGCAGCAACAGCUAUUGGGGAGCAGCCAAUUAAAGGGCUGGUUUGUCCUGCAGCAGGGGCUCGUAUGGCUGUUGGAGAGGCUCUGACCAAUCUGGUGUUUGCCAGAGUCACAGAGCUGAAGGAUGUGAAGUGUAGUGGGAACUGGAUGUGGGCGGCCAAGCUGCCUGGUGAAGGGGCAUGCCUUUGGGAGGCCUGUAAAGCCAUGUGUGAGGUCAUGGGUCAGCUGGGAGUGGCUAUUGAUGGGGGCAAGGACUCUUUAAGUAUGGCAGCAAGGGUGGGAAAAGAGACGGUCAAAGCUCCAGGUGCUCUGGUGAUUUCUGCAUAUGCUGUUUGUCCGGACAUCACGGCCACGGUGACGCCUGAUCUAGAGGAUCCAGAUGGCAAAGGUGUGUUGUUGUGGGUUCCUGUCAGUCCGGGCCGUCACCGUCUGGGAGGCUCUGCCCUGGCUCAGUGCUACAGCCAGCUGGGUGACUGCUCUCCUGACUUGGACCAGCCUGGGUUAUUGACCGCUUGCUUCAACACCACUCAGAAGCUUAUACAGGGACGUCUGCUCAGCGCAGGACACGACGUCAGUGAUGGAGGCCUCAUUUCCUGCUUGCUUGAAAUGGCAUUUGCAGGAAACCGAGGGAUUGACGUUGAGCUGCCAUCACUAGGAGCCGGAGUCAUAGAGCUGCUGUUCAGCGAGGAGCUGGGUUUGGUUCUGGAGGUUUCACAGACUGAUCUGGAAACUGUUUGUCAGAGAUACAGCGACGCAGGUGUUCAGUGCCAUCGUAUUGGAAGAACCUGCGGCUUUGGACCAGAGGCUAUGGUCAGAGUCUCUGUGGAUGGACAGGAGGUUCUCAGAGAGCUGCUGCCUAACCUCAGAGUCCUGUGGGAGGACACAAGUUUCCAGCUGGAGCGACUCCAAGCCAAUGAGGUCUGUGUCAAACAGGAAGAAGAAGGGCUUGCCAAGAGGACACAGCCAUUUUUCAAACUGAGCUUUGAUCCUUCUGAAGCACCCAUCAUCAGCCAGAUUAUUACAGGGCCACCACGAGUUGCUGUUGUCCGAGAGGAGGGCAGCAAUGGAGAUCGAGAGAUGUCUGUCUCUCUGUAUAUGGCGGGCUUUGAGGUCUGGGAUGUCACCAUGCAGGACUUGUGCUCAGGCUCUUUAACCCUUGAGCCUUUCAAAGCAGUGGUGUUUGUCGGUGGAUUCAGCUACGCAGAUGUCCUUGGGUCAGCUAAAGGUUGGGCUGCAACUGUUGCCUACAACCCCAAGGCAAAGGCUGAGUUUGAUCACUUCCGACAGAGAGAAGACACUAUAAGUCUGGGAGUGUGUAACGGCUGCCAGUUGCUCGCCCUGCUGGGUUGGGUGGGGGAGGCUGAGGAUGGAGCAGACUCGGAAGUGGUGUUGACUCAUAACAGAUCCGGCAGGUUUGAGUCCCGGUUUAUCAGCGUUGGGAUCCAGGAAUCCCCGUCCAUCUGGCUCAGAGGCAUGGAGGGCUCUGCCCUGGGAGUCUGGGUUGCACAUGGAGAAGGUUUAGUACAGUUCCGUAGCUCCCAGGCCCAAAACCUAAUUAUUUCCAGUGGACUAGCACCCAUACGUUACCUUGACGACCAGGGUCACCCCACUGAAGAGUAUCCCCUGAACCCCAAUGGCUCCCCACAGGGUAUUGCAGGGCUCUGCUCCAGAGAUGGGAGGCACCUGGCCAUGAUGCCACACCCAGAACGCUGCACCCUUGCCUGGCAGUGGCCCUGGGCCCAGAGGGACCUUAGACCCUCUCUCACACCUUCACCCUGGCUGCGCAUGUUCAAGAAUGCAGCUGCCUGGUGCAGCAACACAGAUUGAUAAAACUGUUUAUGUGACUCUGAUGCUGUGAAAAUAUUGUGCAAGUUUAAGUAUUAUGAAAUACACCUUUUUUUUUUACUUCCUGUGGUACUUAUCUUUGUUCAUUAUGCAUCAUUACUGCCUGUAGUACUUAAUACAAGGAUGAGAAUUGAUGACUUUGUCAACUGUUUCGUUUUGUGAAUUCAAAAAAUGCAAACAAAGUAAAACAACAUGUCAAAACAAA